GUGGCCUGCGGAGAGGAGAAACGCAGAUACCAACCAUGAAGACUCUCAGGGCACGAUUUAAGAAGACAGAGUGAUCCCUGCAAAAUCUAUAGCCGGUCCUGUGUGGAAUACAGCAGAGUCCAAGAUAGACAAACAUGGCUGUCCCUGAGGGGGCAACUUUCUAAGAGAGAGCUCAAGAGGAAACAAGCUGGAUGCGGUGGCUCACGCCUGUAAUCCCAGCACUUUAGGUGGUCGAGGCGGGAGGAUCACCUGAGCCCAGGAGGUCGAGGCUGCAGUGAACUGUGAUGGCGCCACUGCACUCCAGCCUAGGCGACUGAGCAAGACCCUGUCCCCAAAUAAAUAAAUAAAAGUAAAAAUAAAAAAUAAGAGUAAACAGAAUAUUUUUUUAAAAGAUACAUAUUAUCUUAGGCAGCGAUAAGAGCGAUGAAGGGGGCUCAUGCCUGUAAUCCCAGCAGUUUGGGAGGCCGGGGCGGGUGGAACAUUUGAGGCCAGGAGUUUGAGCCAGGGCCAACAUACAUAACCCCGUCUCUAUUUAAAAAUGCAGGCAUUAGUUGGGUGUCUAAUGGUGGCAGGCACCUGUAAUCACAGCUACUUGGGAGCCUGAGGCAGGAGAAUCGCUUGAAUCCAGGAGGCAGGGGUGUGCACGGCGGGGCAGGUGCUCCAGGCGAGGGGGGACCCAGCUGUCUGAAGAACAAGGAGGCUGCUGUGGCAAGGGAAAUGUAAGAGGAGACGAUGGCGGGGUGAGGUGGCCCGUGUCUGUGACCCCAGCACCUUGGGAGGCUGAGGUGGGCGGACUGCCUGAGGUCAGGAGUUCAAGACCAGCCUGGCCAACAUGGUGAAAACCCACAUGGUGGUGAGUGCCUGUAAUCCCUGCUACUGAGGAGGCUGAGGCAGGAGAAUCGCUUGAACUCGGGAGGCAGAGGUUGCAGUGAGUGGUGAGUUGAGAUCGCACCACUGCGCUCCAGCCUCAGCUCUGCCAUUGCAGCCUGAGAGUAGCCUUUGACUAUAUAUUUUUUCUUUUUUUUUUCCUGCCAUGCACGUGGCAUCCAAACAUCUGUAAAUGAACGGGCAGGACUUGGCCCCAGUGAAACUUUAUUUAGGGACACUGAAAUGUGAUUUUUUUUUUUUAUUUUUUGAGAUGGAGUGUGGCUCUGUUGCCCAGGUUGGAGUGCAGUGGCGCAAUCUCGGCUCACUGCAACCUCCAGCUUCAAGCGAUUCUCUUGCCUCAGCUUCCCGAGUAGCUGCGGUUACAGGCGUGCACCACCACACCCAGCUAAUUUUUGUAUUUUUAGUAGAGACAGGGUUUCACUAUGUUGGCCAGGCUAGUCUCAAACUCCUGACCUCAGGCGAUCAGCCCACCGCGGCCUCCCAAAGUGCCGGGACUGUAGGCGUGAGCCACCGCACCUAGCCAGAAAUGUGAAUUUCGUAUCAUUUUUCACGUGUCAGGAAGGAUGAUUCUUAUUUUGCUUUUUCCGCCCCAGCAACUCACACGUGUGAAUACCAUUCUCUGCGGAAACAGGCAGUGGGCAGGGUCUGGGCUGCCAGGAGCAGUUUGCAUUUUAAGCUGAGUGAGGUCUCUGGAGGCUUUUGUGCAGCAGAGAGAGGAGAUCCAAUGCAGGGCUUAGGAAGUUGCCUCUGGCUGCUGAGGGAGAAGGGACAAGGCGACAAGGUCAGAGGAUGGAGACCAGGAAGGAUGCGUCCCUGAGGAGGAACCUGCAGUGGUGGGGUGGGACUAAGGUGGGGGCCGCGGAAGGGGUGAGAAGGGGCGAGAAGGGGCGGACCAUGACACAGUGUGCCGGUAGCAGGCUUGGCUGGUGGACAAGUGUGGGGCGAGAGAGAGGUGUCAGGGUGAUACCAGGGCUUGGAUGAAGCCUGGCGGGUUUGUGGUAUCCCUGGCAUACCUCACAGGACUCCCAGGGGUAUUUGCUCUGAUCUUUUUUUUCUUUUUCUUUUUGAGAUGGAGUCUCGCUCUGUCGCCCAGGCUGGAGUGCAGUGGUGCGAUCUCGGCUCACUGCAACCUCCACCUCCUGGGUUCAAGUGAUUCUCCUGCCUCAGCCUCCCGAGGAGCUGGAACUACAGGCACGCACCACCGUGCCAAGCUAAUUUUUGUAUUUUUUUUUUUUUUUAUUUUUUGAGACGGAGUUUCGCUCUUGUUACCCAGGCUGCAGUGCAAUGGCGCGAUCUCGGCUCACCGCAACCUCCGCCUCCUGGGUUCAGGCAAUUCUCCUGCCUCAGCCUCCCGAGUAGCUGGGAUUACAGGCACGUGCCACCAUGCCCAGCUAAUUUUUUGUAUUUUUAGUAGAGACGGGGUUUCACCAUGUUGACCAGGAUGGUCUCGAUCUCUUGACCUCGUGAUCCACCCGCCUCGGCCUCCCAAAGUGCUGGGAUUACAGGCGUGAGCCACUGCGCCCGGCAUUUUUGUAUUUUUGGUAAAGACAGGGUUUCACCAUAUUGGCCAGGCUGGUCUCCCAACUCCUGACCUUGUGGUCCGCCCACCUCAGCCUCCCAUCGUGCUGGAAUUACAGGCAUGAGCCACCGUGCCUGGCCUUUUUUUCUUUUUUUGAGACAGACUCUCAUUCUGUCACCCAGGCUGGAGUGUAAUGGUGGCACGACUUUGGCUCACUGCAACCUCCGCCUCCCAGGUUCAAGUGAUUCUCCUGCCUCAGCGUCCUGAGUAGCUGGGAUUACAGGUGUGCGCCACCACGACUGGCUAAUUUUUCCUAUUUUUAGUAGAGACGUGGUUUCUCCAUGUUGCCCAGGCUGAUCUCGCACUCUUGACCUUAGGUGAUCCACUUGCCUCAGCCUCCCAAAGUGCUGGGAUUACAGGCGUGAGCCACCGCACUCAGCCAUUUGCUCUGAUCUUGUAUGGCAUCCAGGAGGACGGGUGGAGAAGACAAUGACAAUUGGAAUUCGAAGCCCUGAGCUGGGAGAUCCAUUUCAGUGUCUUCUCUGGAAGGAAGCUCAGAGGUUUCCCCACCCCCAAGGGUGAAAGGAGAGAGGAGUUCCAAGGACACCCUCCUUCCCAAAUGCCUGUCACUUUCCAUUUUCCUGCCUCGGUUCCCACUUUUCCCUCCAACUGUCCAAAGGUGUUUAAGGGGGCCCAGUGCAGUGGCUAUCGGUUAGCUCAAGGUUACACCCGUAAUCCCAGCACUUUGGAGGCUGAGGCAGGCAGAUCACAAGGUCAGAGUUCAAGAUCAGCCUGACCAAUAUGACCUCAUCUCUACGAAAAAUACAAAAAUUCUUCAUGUGUGGUGGCAGAUGCCUGUAAUCCCAGCUACUCGGGAGGCUGAGACAGGAGAAUCGCUUGAGCCCAGGAGGCAGAGGUUGCAGUGAGUGGAGAUCAUGCCACUGCACUCCAACCGGGGCGACAGACCAAGAGUCUGUCUCAAAAAAAUUAAAAAGGGGUCUAAAGCAUCAUAGACCACACUGACGUCUGAAUGCUCAAUGCUCACCCAGCCCUAAGCCAGUGGUCAACGUGUCAGUGGAGGGGCACUUGCCAAUGUCGGGACAUCUGUGGUUGUCACAACUUGGAGGUGCCCCUGGCGUGGAGUGGGUGGAGGCCAGGGGCGCUGCUCAGCACCCUGCAGGGCCCAGGAUGGCCCCACUCCAGAGAAAGAUCUGGCCUCCGAUGUCCACAGUGCCUCCGUGCUGCCUGUCCCAUUAUCUAUCUCAUUUAACAGUUGAGAAAUUGAGAGGGAGAAUUUCAGAGAGGGAAAGCCAUCAGUUCAGGGUCACACAGCGAGGAUGUCAUAACGGAACUGCAUUCAGGCCUCUGCCCCCAGUCCGCUGGGUCGUCGCUCUAAAAUUCUGGCUCUGGAAGACCUCUUUGUUUGUUUGCUUUUCUUUGUUUUGUUUUUGCAAUGGCGUCCCCCUCUGUCACCCAGGCUGGAGUGCAGUGGCACAGUCUCGGCUCACUGCAACUUCUGCCUCCUGGGUUCAAGCGAUUCUCUUGCCUUGGUCUCCCAAGUAGCUGGGGUUACAGGUGCCCACCACCGCAGCGGGCUAAUUUUUGCGUUUUUAAGGUUAAUUUUGCAUUGUAGAGAUGGGGUUCUGCCAUGUUGGCCAGGCUGGUUUUAAACUCCUGUUCUCAGGUGAACCACCCUCCUCAGCCUCCCAAAGUGCAUUACAGGCUUGAGCCACUGUGCCUGCCCUCCAGGGCUCCUUCUAAAAUGCCAGCCACCUGCAAGGGUCUUGGCUGUGCUCCUAGAGUCUCCAGGCCUGUGAAUUGUGCGUGGCAUCCAGUAGGCACUCAAUAAAUGUUUGCUGCAUGAAGGAGCAUCUCCCCCAAGUGUUCAUCUGAUGCAUGUUUGUGGAGCACCUGCCGUGGGCCAGGCCCUGGGGAUGCUGCAGUGGCCGACCACAAGGCCCCCAAGGCCCUUCCUUAGGAGGAGCUGUGGGUCCUGAGUGGCGGAAAUGGACCAGAAAUGGCUAGAGAAUGUCAGAGCUGCGCCGGGGCCAGCUAGCUCUUCCAGUGAUUAGCGGGUCACGGUUUUACUGUGCGCUUACUGUGUGCCAGGCACUGGUUGGCUGAGUGCUGCUGGUGACACUCCACUAUUAUGAAACCCAUUUUAUGUAAGAGGAAGGCGAAGCCCUAAACCGGUAAGUCUGUUGGCCCAGUCAUGUAGGUAGGAAAGGCAGGGGUGGGGCGGGGCUGGGUUCAAAUUCAGGUGGUAGGACUGCGGAGCCCCAUUGGCUAGGAAUGAAUGAGUGAUUGAAUGAUGAAUGGGUGAGCCAAUGCAUGAAUGGACAAGUGGGUGUGCCAAAGAAUAGCCAAAUAAAUGCGGGAAUGAAUGAAGGGUAAGCCAACGAGGGAAUGAGUUAGUAGUGAACGAAUGAAUGAAUGCAUGAAAGAAGGAAGUAACGGUGCAGGAAUGAAUGAAUGGGUGAUUCAGUGAAUGAACGAAUGAACAAAUGGGUGAGCCAAUAAACAAACGGGUGAAGGAAUGAAUGAGUGGGUGAACUAAUGAACCAGUGGGUGAACGAGUGAAUGAGUCAAUGAAUGAAAGGGUGAGUGGCCAGAGCUCUCCUGGCCACGUGGCGGUGCGAGGCUGCGGACAUCGCGGGCCUGGAGGCACCUGCGUGCCCUUGGCGGACUCGGAGGAGGCUGACAUGGACGCCCGUGGGUCCCCUGGAGAUGCAGCUGGCGGCCUGCGUGGGUGAGGGAGCCCGGCCCCCGGCGCCGCGUCCUCAUCCUCCUCCAGGAGACAAGCUGCGGCUCAGCCCCACUGACCUCGGCUCCUGCCCACCCUGUGGCCCCUGCCCCAUCCCGAAGCCGGCAGCCAGAGGCAGGUGCCAGAGUCAAGACUGGGGCAAGAGUGACGAGAGGCUGCUACAAGCCGUGGAGAACAACGAUGCACCUCGCGUGGCGACCCUCAUCGCCCGCAAGGGGCUGGUGCCCACAAAGCUAGACCCCGAGGGCAAGUCUGCGUUCCACCUGGCUGCCAUGCGGGGUGCGGCCAGCUGUCUGGAGGUGAUGAUAGCUCAUGGCGCCAAUGUCAUGAGCACGGACGGGGCAGGUUACAACGCACUCCACCUGGCCGCCAAAUACGGGCACCCACAGUGCUUGAAGCAACUACUGCAGGCCUCCUGCGUGGUGGACGUCGUGGACAGCAGCGGCUGGACUGCCCUACACCAUGCAGCGGCUGGUGGCUGUCUCUCCUGCUCAGAGAUGCUCUGCUCCUUUAAGGCGCAUCUAAACCCCCAAGAUCGGUCAGGCGCAACACCCCUCAUUAUAGCAGCUCAGAUGUGUCACACAGACCUGUGCCGUCUCCUUCUGCAGCAAGGGGCUGCCGCGAACAAUCAGGACCUGCAAGGCAGGACGGCCCUGAUGCUGGCCUGUGAAGGGGCCAGCCCGGAAACAGUGGAGGUCCUGCUGCAGGGCGGAGCCCAGCUGGGCAUCACCGAUGUGCUGGGGCAGGACGCGGCUCACUAUGGCGCCCUGGCGGGGGACAAACUCAUCCUGCACCUGCUGCAGGAGGCGGCCCAGCGCCCCUCCCCACCCAGCGAGGAUGACUCAGGCGAGGCGUCAUCUCAGAAUUCUAUGUCCAGCCAUGGAAAGCAGGGGGCCCCCAAGAAACGGAAAGCGCCUCCACCUCCCGCCAGCAUCCCCGUGCCGGAUGACCAAGAUGCCUACGAGGAGAUCGUGAGGCUGCGACAGGAGAGGGGCCGCCUCCUGCAGAAGAUCCGGGGCCUGGAACAGCACAAGGAACGGAGGCAGCAGGAGUCCCCGGAGGCCAGCUCCCUGCACAGCCUGGAGAGACAGGUGCAAGAGCUGCAGCAGCUACUGGCAGAGAGGCAGGAGGAGAAGGAGAGCCUGGGACGGGAGGUGGAGAGUCUGCAGAGCCGGCUGUCCCUGCUGGAGAACGAGCGGGAGAAUACCAGCUAUGACGUGGCCACCCUGCAGGAUGAGGAGGGUGAGCUGCCUGACUUUCCAGGUGCCGAGGUGCUGCUAUCCAGGCAGCUCAGCCCAUCAGCCCAGGAACGCUUGGCCUCGCUGCAGGAGCAGGUGCUUGCACUCACCAGGCAGAAUCAGGAACUGAUGGAGAAGGUCCAGAUCCUGGAGAACUUUGAGAAGGACGAGACACAGAUGGAGGUGGAAGGUCCGGCUGAGGUCAUCCCUCUUGCCCUCUACGACUCUCUCCGGGCCGAGUUUGACCAGCUGCGCAGGCAGCACGCUGAGGCCCUGCAGGCACUGAGGCAGCUGGAGACACGGAAGUUCCCCAGAGAAGAGGGGGCAGCCUGUGGGGAAAAUGAGGGUGCUGGAGCCACAGCCACCAAAAACGGGCCAACCCACGUGGAGCUAAAUGGCUCAGUGGUUCCAGAAACCAAAGUUAAUGGAGCCGAGACUACAGAUGAGGAGGCUGCAAGAGAUGAAACAAUGGAAGCCAGGACUAUGGAAGCUGCAUCCACAGGCGCUGAGGACAAGGGAGCUGAGGCCACAGAAUCAAAACCCACGUGGGCUGAUGUGAGAGACAUGGAGACUGUAGAAGAGGAAUCAAAUACAGAAACUAAGCCCACAGGAGCUGAGGCCACAGACACAGAGGCCACAGGAGUGGUGGCCACAAAAACAAAAGCAGAGGAAGCAGAAAUGCCAGCCUACGAAGUGGGUGCUAGGCAAGCAGAGCCCCCAGUCACUGGGACCACAAACAUGGAAGCCACCAGCUCUAGGGCCACAGGGAUGGAGGCCACGGGAGUCCAUGCCACGGGUGUGGAAAACCCAGGGGUAGAGGCCACAGCCCCAGGAGCCUCUACUGGACCCAUCUUACAUCCUGGUGCCGCAGAGGCCUCGGAAAAGCUUCAAGUGGAGCUGGAGACCAGGAUUCGCGGCCUGGAGGAAGCACUCCGGCAGCGGGAGCGGGAGGCAGCCGCUGAGCUGGAGGUGGCCCUUGGGAAGUGUGAGGCUGCGGAGGCCGAGGCGGGCCGGCUGCGAGAGCGUGUCCGUGAAGCCGAGGGCAGUGGGGCCAGUGGGGGCGGCGGCGGCAGUGGCAUCGACACCACACAGCUACGGGCGGCCCUGGAACAGGCCCGGGAGGACCUCCGAGAGAGGGACUCCCGCCUGCGGGAGCUGGAGGCGGCCUCGGCCAGCCUGGAUGAGGCUCGGGCCAGCCGGCUGCUGGCGGAGGAGGAUGCCCGGGGCCUGCGGGCGGAGCUGGCGCAGCGGGAGGAGGCGCGGCUGGAGCAGAGCCGGGAGCUGGAGGUGCUGCGUGAGCAGCUGGCCACGGCCAGGGCCACGGGGGAGCAGCAGCGCUCGGCGGCCGCGGAGCUGGGCCGGGCCCGGGAUGCGGCCGAGGCCCGGGUGGCUGAGCUGGCGUCGGCCUGCGAGGAGGCGCGGCAGGGGCUGGCAGAGCUGCGGGAGGCCUCCGAGGCCCUCCGCCAGUCCGUGGUGCCGGCCUCUGAGCACCGCCGGCUGCAGGAGGAAGCCCUAGAGUUGCGCGGCCGGGCAGCCGGUCUGGAGCAGGAGGUGGUGGCCACUGGCAAGGAGGCCGCCCGGCUGCGCGCGGAGCUGGAGCGCGAGCGCGUGUGCAGCGUGGCACUCUCGGAGCACGAGCGCAUCGUGGGCGCCCUGCAGGCCAACGUGGCCCAGCUGGAGGGGCAGCUGGAGGAGCUGGGACGGCGGCAUGAGAAGACCAGUGCCGAGGUCUUCCAGGUGCAGCGUGAGGCCCUGUUCAUGAAGAGUGAGCGACACGCGGCGGAGGCGCAGCUGGCCACAGCAGAGCAGCAGCUACGGGGGCUGCGGGCCGAGGCAGAAAGAGCACGCCAGGCCCAGAGCCGGGCCCAGGAGGCCCUGGACAAGGCCAAGGAGAAGGACAAGAAGAUCACAGAACUCUCCAAAGAAGUCUUCAGUCUUAAGGAGGCCUUGAAGGAGCAGCCGGCUGCCCUGGCCCCCCCUGAGGUGGAGGCUCUCCGUGACCAGGUGAAGGGUUUACAGCGGCAGCUGCAGGAAGCUGCCAGGGACCACUCCAGUGUGGUGGCUUUGUACAGAAGCCACCUCCUGUACGCCAUUCAGGGCCAGAUGGAUGAAGAGGUGCAGCAGAUUCUCAGCCAGAUUCUGCAGAUGCAGAGACUCCAGGCUCAGGGCCGCUGAGAAAGGCCGCGCCCAGUGGCCACACAGCACACCCACGCAGGACCUCGCCCCACUGCAGUCCCCUUGCAGACCCACUUCACUUGGCUUCACCCAGCCCCAUCCAGGCCUAUGCACUUGGAGGCCAGCCUGGGUCCCUGCCCCAGCGUCCCCAGCUGCCUCCAUCGCCCCACCUGGUCUCUGCACGCACACACUGGUCAGUCUGGACCCAGGGCGUGACUGCCCUCCUCUUCCACCAGAGAAUCUGUGAGUCCCUGUGUCCUCCACAUCCAGACGCCAGCCCAGGAAUAAAGGCAUUGUGUGCACAGGA